AUGUUUCAGCACACUGUGGAGAUGAGUAAAUGUGGUGUUGAGUCGUGUGCUGGUGCUCAGUCAUUCAGCCCCAGUGAAAGUGCUCUGCUGGAGCUGAUGGAGAGGACCGGCUACAGUAUGGUCCAGGAAAACGGACAGAGGAAAUUUGGGGGACCACCACCAGGGUGGGAAGGACCUCCUCCUCCCCGAGGCUGUGAGGUAUUUGUGGGAAAAAUUCCAAGAGAUAUGUACGAGGACAUGCUGGUGCCCAUUUUCGAGCGUGCAGGCCACAUCUAUGAGUUCCGCUUGAUGAUGGAGUUCAGUGGAGAGAACCGUGGCUAUGCUUUUGUUAUGUAUACCACACGAGAAGCAGCACAACGCGCCAUUGCCCUCCUCGACAAUUAUGAAAUCCGUCCAGGAAAGUUUAUUGGAGUUUGCGUGAGUCUGGACAACUGUCGCCUCUUUAUUGGCUCUAUCCCUAAAGACAAGAAGAAGGAGGAGAUCCAAGAAGAGAUGAUGAAGGUAACAGAUGGAGUGGUGGAUGUUAUUGUGUACCCCAGUGCCAUGGACAAAACUAAGAACCGUGGUUUUGCAUUUGUGGAGUACGAGUCACACAAGGCUGCUGCUAUGGCUCGCAGAAAGCUCAUACCAGGAACAUUCCAGCUGUGGUGUCACACUAUUCAGGUGGACUGGGCGGAGCCAGAAAGAGAUGUUGAUGAGGAGACGAUGCAGCGUGUUCGGGUUCUUUACGUACGUAAUCUCAUGCUGCACACUACAGAGGAGACGCUUCACUUAGAGUUCAGCCGUCUGAAGCCCGGUUCUGUUGAACGUGUUAAGAAACUGACAGACUACGCUUUUAUUCACUUCUACUGCCGUGAAGAUGCGCUCGCUGCACAACGGUCCAUGAAUGGUGAACUCAUCGAUGGCUCUGUGAUUGAAGUCACGCUUGCAAAGCCGGCGAGCAAAGACACAGGUCGAAGAUUCAGAACCCGAUUUGAACAUAAUGAAACAGCACCAAUGCUCUAUAGUGACUCCAACUUCCCCACAAAGAGCAAAGAUGACUCAGGAAUCAGCACGGGCUCAGGAGGGCUAAAUGAUGGUUUUUCCCCACUUUCUCUCAGUUUGUCUACUGGUGUGAGUAACUCACGUUCUGUGGAGUUAGAGCGGUGCGUGUAUCCCAUUCUUCCCGGGUCCAGUCUGGUACCAGUCAGUCUGCAGAGCCUGAAGCCAAGUCAGUUGAGCUCUGCUGUGGCUCUGCUGGAAUAUUACUGCCAUAAGAAUGGCUGGUCUCUGCCAGAGUAUCACCUUUACACUACUACUGGUGCAACCUUCUCCACCACAGGCCAUGACGGAAAAACACUGCUAGUCUAUAAAGUGGUGAUCAGCAGCAUGCAGAGCAGCUACAUGCCCAAUAAAGUCUGCACCAUUCUCGAAGAUGCCAAGGAGCUCGCAGCUCACACUGCUCUCUGGAACCUUGAUCUCUCAUUGUAUGGCCCAGGAUCUCCUUGCAGUUUCUCUCCUCCCGCAGUGUCCUCAGGCACUGGGUUGUUAUCGUAUGCGUGCCGAGCGGUACCGUAUCCAGCGUAUCCCAUCUCUCCCAUCUCACCUCCGCUGUCCAUCUCCAGUUCCAGGGGCUCGCAGAUCUACAUCCCCAAUCAGUCUCCAUUCUGAGCCACACAGUGUGUAGACCUGUUGUUGUUAGCGUUGUUUUGUUUUUGUA